CUUAUCAAAGAUGUGGUUUCAUCAUUAAAGAGACAGAGAAUGCAUGACCAGCAAUUUACCCAUCAUCCUUUGCUGGUGCUGAAUAAUUUUGGCACAGUGGGCAUGCACAUCAAACUAAUGGCCACCAUGUUUCAGAACAUGUUCCCUUCCAUCAAUGUACACCAGAUCAGUCUCAACAGCAUAAAAAGAUGCAUGCUGAUAAAUUAUGAUCCCGUAUCCCAGGAGGUAGAGUUUCGGCAUUACAGUUUGAAGGUUGUGCCUGUUGGCAUGAGUCGAGGGGUAAAAAAGCUUAUGCAGGAGAAGUUUCCCAACAUGAGCAAGCUGGAGGACAUCAGCGAACUCCUUAUGAAAGGGGUAAAUCUUUCAGAAAGUGAGGCAGAGCAGGAUGGGGAUCACAACAUUACAGAACUCCCUCAGGUCUACUCUGGCCGAGGAAAUAUGGCUUCACAGCAGAGUGCAGUUCGACUAACCGAGAUCGGCCCCAGAAUGACCCUACAGCUGGUGAAGAUAUUAGAAGGCAUGGGAGAUGGAAAAGUGCUCCACCAUUCCAUCGUUUCCAAAACUGAGAAAGAGCUCCAGGAGAUACUGAAGAGGAAGGAGGCUCGUCUGAAGGAGAAGGCACAACGCAAGAUAAUGCAAGAAGAUAACAUUGCCCGGAAGAAGAAAAAAUUGGAAGAGAACAAGAAAAAGAGCUUGGAGGGCAUCAAGAGAAAACGCCAGCGGGAAGGGCAGGCGACGGAUGAUGAUGCAGUAGAGGAUCCUGGGAAGCAGGAUGAUCAGGUGGCAGCCGAGGAGUCAGAGGAUGAAGCAGAGUAUUACAGACAGGCUGUUGGAGAGGAACCUGAUGAAGACAUGUUUCCUGGGGCAAAAAGGAAGCAAAGUCCUGGCAAAUCGCCCAGACCCUUCAAAAAGAGGAAGAUGUCACCCGGAAAGGCUCCUCCUAAAGACAAACAGACUUUCAAGACGUCUGACAGAAGAACGAGCGAUAAAGGAAAACGUUUCGGAGAUAAAAAGACAGUAGAGGGCAAAAGCAGGUUUAUAAAAAGCGAAGGUGUGAAGAAGUUUGCCAAAAAGGGGGAAAGAGAAAAUAGGUUUGCGGGAAAGAGAACAGGAGCAACAGGUCCGAAAACAGGAGCAGGAGGCAAGAAAUUUGGUGCACAGAAAGGGUUUAAAGGACGUGCUGCUGUGAAACUGCAGAAAGCUGCUGGUGGAAAAAAGGACUUCAAACACAAGAAAGGCAGGAGCUGAAGGAACUGAAAGUGAGGUUUGAGUGAGGCGGAACUCUUGCCUGACCCUUUUCGUCUUACAUCGAUGAUGUAUCAUUUUGCAAACAUGCAUGAGUGAUAAUGCCUGUCUUUUGUCAUACUUGUGCCCUGUAUAAAUGUUUAUUCACCCAAUCUGGUGUUUGUACCAAUAAAUAAUUUCUAAACA